AUGAACAUUCGUCCCGAUGCCCAAGAUGCAAACUACCUGAGUUUAGUGCACACCGCCCCUCUCUUUGACGUCAACGUGGCUGCCCUUGGCAAAAGGAGGAUGGAGACUCUCAUCCAUAUCGCUCAUCUGUUCACGUGCCACUUUUCGUUGCGUAUGAUCAAAUUCUCCGGCGGUCUGGAUGGAAAACUUCACGGUGGACUCAGGUAUCCCUUGACCCUGGCGGGUCGCGUGUUGGCCAAGGUCAUCGUCCCCCGGGUACCACAACCCAAAGCCGAUGCUGUGACUGCUUCGGGCCGCAACGCGAGCUGCAGGAGCCUCCUCCUGAGCCAGGGCCGCCUCUCGCAAGUUGGGUCUCAAGCAACCAUUGGAUCGUUUCCACUGGACAAAAAGCAGGUCGUUGCAUAUGGAGGAUUGGAUGCCGAAGAAUGCACCUACCUCGGUAUGCGCCCGGACGGGAGUUUGGAGGUGCACCCGGGCGGUGUGCUCAAGGCCCUCCCGCAAAAUGGAAUUUCGGUUGGAGAUGGUUGCAAGGCCCUUUCCGCUCUUCGGGGCGUCGUUCACUUGCUGGCUGACCAUUCUUGCGGUAACACGUCCUUGUUCGAACCCUCGUCCUGCUCCACAGCCACGAGCCUGCGGUGCCGCUCCAGGACAUCCGUGUCCGAAAAACAACCCCGUUGA